AUUCAAACAAAAUGGAACGUGACAAAUUUUUUGACAGAAUGUUUAUUGUUUUUGUCAAAAACAAGUUUUAUUAAUAUUUUCGGCAAUUAAAUUGCAAUUAAUUUUCAUAUAUUAUAGAAGUUUUAUAUAAUUUAUGUUAAAUAAUCGAAUUUUGUGGUUAAGGAGAAAUAUUUUAUCAAGAGAGCUAUAUACGAAAGAUUACAAUUUAGUUUUCUGGCUCGAAGUUAAUUUUUCCAAAAGGUUAUGUUUUUAUUCGUAAAAUAAUGAAUCUCAUCAGUAAAAAUAUUUUAACACUGCUUCUUAUUUUCCUUGUCAUUUCAUUUGUUCAUGGAGAAUGGGAAAUUCCUCUGGAGAAUGAAAAUGGGACGAUCGAAGUCCCAAACUUUGAGAAUGAAACGGAAAAAGUGGAGGAAUCGAAGAUAAAAUCAAAUGUUACGUUAACGGAACCAAAGAAAAAUAUUACCAAAGCUAAUUGCGUGAAUGACAAAAUUUACGGACCCGUCGAGACCGUCAACGCAACGAGAUUGGUGGAAUUAUUAAUUUUAGAACCGGGCCCAUCGAAUAGAACAAAAAAUAGCACGGAAAUCAAAUUAUUACCAGGACCGUGUGUUGUGGUUUUGUUUCACGCAAGAUGGUGUGUUUUCAGUAGUCAAGCCGCACCGCAUUUUAAUGCACUUUCACGAUUUUAUCCGCACAUCAAAACCGUUGCCAUUGACGCAAUGAAACACCAAAGUUUUAACACGCAAUAUGGAAUUGUUGGGGUCCCGACUCUGGUGAUAUUCCACAACGGGAAACCAGUGGCAAAAUUCAAUGACACCGUCUACACAUUGGAGACAUUUUCAAAAUUUAUAUCCCACUUGACAAAUCAACAACCGAACGGUUCGGUUUACGUGACGUCGGCCGAUUUUAGUGGACCCGUUGCAAGUGUACCAUCAAAUGAGACAGAUUAUUGUCUCGUAUUAUCGUGGAUCUUUAUUGCCGCGUGCUCACUUUAUUUCACCUCAAAGAGUCAUUGGUGGCGUCAAUUUGUCGAACUCGUACAAAAUACGUGGCGUGAAAGUAAUGCACAACACGAGCAUGUCGAUUAAAAAAAAAAAUAAUUAUUCCCUUAUUCUUUUGGCAAAUUAUUACACUAUUUAUUUAUUUUUUAAUUAUAAAGAAAAAUUGUUCAUUAUUUACGAUUUAAAAAAAUUUAACUUAAUUUAAAUGGUUUAACUUAAUUUAGCUAGUUUAUUAUAAUUAUAACCCUAGAAGAGUUGAUGUGUAUAUAUUAUAUAUUUAAAAUGAGAAAAAGAAAUAGAAAAUAUAUGGAUAUUUUGUAUUAUA